CUCAGAACUGUUGGGGCGGUGCAGGGGGAGGAGAGCGGGCGGUGGGCAGCGGGCAGCGGGCAGCGCUGUGUCAGCCGCGGUCUGCGGGCAGCAUGGAGCCUAAAGUUGUGUGCAGAGGAGGCAGCUGCUGUUGGAGCAGUGCAGAGGCUGGCAGCAGGCUGGCAGAUGUGUUCAGCAGUGUGAUGGCAGAGUCCGGCUCACAUGGCUGCUACAAACCACAGAACGAAGAAAACGUAGACCCACCUCAGACCUACAGCUCUUCCCUCUCGACACCAGAAUACUCUGCACCUGUGGACUCCUCCCUUUUGUACACACCGUGGUCUGUGUGCGGAGAUGACAGCAAGCAGCCCGCUGCUCCUCAGCUGAAUGUGAAAUCCAGAAUUCAAACUGAGAGGAAUGAUUAUGGCAGUGAAGCGGAUUUGUAUGAGCUUGUGUCUAACAUCUUGGAAGAGCAGGAUAAAUCACAGCCAUAUUGUGCUGAGGGGAGUUGCUCUUCCAGCUUAAAGUCGGUGUGGUCCAUGAAUGCUACGAGAAUCACAGACCACCACUACCUGUUGUCAGAAACUAAAAGACCAGUUACUGCAGCUGUUUCCCAGCAGAGUUUUUAUAGUAGUGAAUCAACAUCUGCUGCUGAAAAACAGUACUUGCAAAGUGGUAACCUUGCACCACAGCAAAAAGUAGAGGAAUGCUAUCAUGGAUUUCCUGCUACAGACGUUGAGGAGCAAUGUUUGUGCCCUUCUAGGAACGAUCGUGCCAACUGUUGCAACAUGCAGGCUAAUGAGAAUAUUAAGACAACACCUGUGUGUCAGAACUAUCCAUGUGUGAAAAACACCUUCACACCUCCCGCUGCUUAUUUGGAAGUAAUCAAGGACUCAGGAGGUGAUGCUUACUCCUACAGAAGAGAGAAUGCAUGUCCCAAAGGAGCAGAUGCACAGCUGCAACAAAAGCAGGCAGAAACAUUCUCACAGUUUCACAGAUGCAAUGAAAAUGCUGAUUAUGGUAGAUAUGCUGAAUAUUCUCAUUUUACCAAAGCAAAGCCUACCAAGAGCAUCAAUUGUAGCUUCCAAGAAAGUAAAAAAAUAGUAAGUGAAAUGACUGAAGCAUCAUCUCUGGAUGUAGAACCCUAUUCUAAAUUAUUUCAAUUCAAAUCAGGUACUCAGAGAAAAAUAGAAACGAUUCCAGAUCAGCAAAACUUUACAUUCACCAAGAGUGCAGGACUCCUAUCAGAAAAGCAGUUUGCAAAUGAGCCUCCAUUCUGCAGUGAUGUGGGGCAGAAAUUUGAGUAUGGGCUAAAUUCUCUUACAGCCUGUCAGGGGAAUAGUGACUGUGCAAAUGGUGUGGAUAAGCCACAGUUUUCCAAGUCUGAUCUUCAGAAUCCUGAGUACUGUAAACCACUUCCAUUAUUACCAAACUCAGCAAACUUGUCAGCAGGUGCCAAUGUAAGGCAGGCUUGGAUGAACUUUCAAACCAAACCCGCUGUCCCACCUCAGAGUCCAAGCAUGGUGAAACUGAAUAAUCAUUUAUCUACUUUACAAAAAAAUUCCAGUCACCCUAAUGAUUUCUUACAGUUAGCGUCUUCAAAUGUCCCUUUAAAUGGUAAUUUAUCUCACAAGAACUGUCAAGAUAAUUCUUUGUUUUUUUCGAGUCUCGAUUUUGGUUAUAACGCUUCAGAACGAGCUCAGUCGGCUGCUCUUAUGGAAGCACUGGCAAAGACUGGAGAAGAAAAUCUGAUUGAGUUUUUAAGUGACAAGAAAUUAAUGCAACCAGACAGAGGCAGCUCAGCUCAGCAAUUUGGGACCAUUGAAAAUGUGAACAAGCACUGUUUCCAGUUGAAGCCACAGAGUGAGCAUUAUGAGCUAGAAGGACAAAAACACUCAGACAGGCUGUUGCAGAACGUGUACCAGGAUUCGGUGGAAUCUCAGGGUCAGCUCAAUCUCAGGCAGGGAAAUGGAGGUAAUAAUGCUGUCAAUCACACGACUCACGUGCAGGCAUCGAGCUUUGCCAGCAGCUGUGUGAUGGGUGACUGGAAGCAUAACCAUCAGCUUGGUUCAGCUGCAAUCCCCUCGAGAUCUGCUCGUCCACUGGGCCGUCUGGUUGUGCCUCUGAUGGAGUCCUACAACAUGUUCUCCAGUGACAGCUUAAAUUGCUUCUAUCCUUAUGUGAAUGAUUUGAUGUGUGAUGUACCAGCGCUGGGAUGUCAAAAGCAAGUUAAAAUGAACAGUGGGACUGCCAGGGAACUCCGUGUUAAACUAGAGGAGUGUUAUGAACAGUGCAGAGCUUUGGAGAAAGAAAGAAAGGAGACUGAAUCAGCUCUUGCUAAGAGUUACCCAGGGAAAAGCAUUUCCAGUAAUAACAACGCUCCAGUUCCAAGGCUGACAUCAAACUCAUCAAGAGUUGAUCGCUUAAUUGUGGAUCAGCUACGUGAACAAGCCAGAGUUGUGACUUUACUGGGAAAAAUGGAGCGCCUUCGCAGUUCUCCCCUUCAUGUCAACAUUUCUACUGCUCUUGAUAAACAUCUGGAGGUGAUUCGUGUUGUGCAGACACGUAGAAAAUAUGAGAUUGUAAAUGCUUCCCAUCGACCAAAGCAAGGAGCUCCCAGGUGCCAAGAUGACAGAGAUGUUUUGGCUCUCGCAGUGGCGAUCAAUGAGAUGAGCGCAGCGACGCGUCACGUACGUACGAGUCUGUGGUGUGCCCUGCAGGUGAGCCUGCCAAAACCUGCAGCUAGACAGCUGCUCACAGCAAAAGCUCUCCGGGAGAGGGCACGGCCUGAAGAGAAGCGUACGAAAAUGUGAACGGCCGUGGCAGCCAGGAUCAGAUGGCAGAAACCACGAGCAAAGGAAAAUGUAGCAGUGUGCGCAUAUGAAGAGGUGAUGACGUUUAUUCUUUCUAAUUAUUUGUAAAGUUCAAACUGCUGAUACUCGUAUUUAAAGCUGUAUCUCGAGGAGAGGUUGAAUUUUCAUCAAGGGCUCUCAGUUUCUCCUUGGACUGCUGAAAUUACAGGCAGGACCGUAAUAUUGGGAAGCCUAACUGAUGAAUGUUAAGGAAUCGCACUAAUUAAACAGCGAACACCCAAGACGUUAUGUGACGUCUGCAGGUGAGCCUUGGUGUAGAAUUCUUCUGUUGAGUUUGUUUAGUUUUGUUUUAGAAAAGGGGUUUUAAAAUAACGAGUCUUAAAGACUGUAGUCUGCUGUGGUGUCCAGGUGGUUUCAGACAAGAUUGUGACGUAAAGGUGUUUUCUUUAUCAAACCAAUACCUGUAAACAGGAGGAAGAAUGCUAAAAGUACUGAAUAUUCAUGUAAAAUUAAAUAUUUAACAUAUUAGUAUUUAUGAAUUUGAGAUUUUAGAAUCCACGUUUGUGAAAGGAAAUGCACCAGAUUCUACUAAAUUAAAUGAUGAUAAAAUUGCUCUUGCAAUUUAGUAAAUGUAUUCAAAUCAUUUGGGCGUGCCCUCAGGAAAAGAAAGAACCUGUUUUAAAGUACUUAACAUAAUCAAAAUGUGACAUGCACACAGUAUUAACCUCUAAAAAAGCUGUACAGCAGCUGAAAUAAUGAGUAUUGUUUUUAAUGCCUUCACUUGAAAACUUUGCUUGGAGGGUAGGCAUCACAAUGUUCUGAAACUUGUGUUUUUUUUAAAGUUACUCUUUCACUAGUUUGGUUUGUGAUUUGAUUGUCCUAUUUUAGAUAUAUUAGUUUACAUCUGUGUUUUUGACAGCUCUUAACACUUGGUGCUUAUCUGCACAUCUUAUCUCAAUCUCUGUACUGAGUAUAAAUAACUUAUUCAUUGAUAGAAAGCGUUGGUAUUAUGUGGCUUAGAGGAGGGGUUUUAGCACUUCCAGCAUCGCGUUUAUAACGCGUGGAUUAAGUUCAUUCAGUUUUCCUUGCCUAGAUGCACUGAUAUUUGAAACAUAGUCUGCGUUCUUCCUACUUGUGGAAAUCCUGCUAUGUACGAGGUGGAAUCACACCACAUAAAUUGUCAUUGGGGAUUAUGAGAGAAACACUGAAUGAGAAUGCAGGAGAAAGUAACCACUUUGAUCACUGGUAUGGCCAGAAGUACUGCCAGAGUGAAUUUAUGGGGGCAGGAGGACAAAGCACAUUUCAUACCACAAGUCACUGCAUUAAGAUUUGUUAACUAGGACAUGUUGGUGUUAAAAACAAAUGGAAUUUAGUCUGUCUGGUAAGAAAUAAAUUAGCUUUCGUUGAAGAAAAUUUGUUCUGUUU